AUCCCAUCCUACCACGCCUACCUCCAUACUGACAACCCUUCCCAUCUCGCAUCAUACCAUUCCCACGCCGUCUUCACCUCGACACUCGGAACGAUCCAGAAUAGCCACCGAACCCUCUUCCUAGACCUCCGAGUGCCAGAUUUACAGGGCUUGUCAAAGGUUCAUCCCAACCCGUACCCAGAUGGUUUUACAACUGCGCUGAGCCCAAGGCAUCGCCUUCGAGUCCUUUUCGUGCCAUUCCCAAUAUUGAAACCUCUUCACUCACCUGAGCAUCUUCCUUCCCACCCUUUGCCGACGUCUUCCAUACCGCAGAUAUGGCAGAGCCAAUCUUCGAGCCAGCAGCAACUCCGGCCGGGCAGCCUCCGGAUAUCAUGAAUGACCCCGAGUUCGCCACGAAUACCGAGAUGGGUGAUGAUGGAAAUGGGGACAGCGAUACAUGCAGAAUAUGCCGAGGAGAGGGCAGCGAUUCCGAGUCCCUCUUUCACCCGUGCAAGUGUAGUGGGAGUAUCAAAUAUGUCCACCAAGACUGCUUGAUGGAGUGGUUAUCCCAUUCUCAAAAGAAACACUGCGAGCUCUGCAAAACGCCCUUUCGAUUUACAAAACUAUACUCGCCCAAUAUGCCGCAGUCGCUACCGUUCCCUCUGUUAAUCAAGCAUGUUGCCAUGCACAUUGUCAAAAACCUAGCAACAUGGCUACGUUUUAUGUUGGUUGUAGUGGUGUGGUUGGUAUUCCUGCCGUAUGCGUUAAGACAGAUUUGGCGGUUGUUAUUUUGGUUUAGUGAUGGCGGAUGGCCUACGUAUCAUUCCAACAUUGAUGCUAUUCGCAAUGCAACAAACGCAGGAGCUUUAGAAUUGGCGCGGGAAAUGCAACUAGCGGCCAGCUUGACAGAAAAUGGAACUUCGCCUGUCACGCCUUUCCAUGCAGCUCAGACAUCUUCGGCGAGUAUUGGUGGGAUCAUGGGGCGAAUCGUCGAGAUUCUUUCACCCAUCUCACAAACCCUAAACUUCACAGACCCGAAUCCACCGAAAGGUAUUUACCUUAGUAUGGGGCCCAUAAAAGUCUUCAUGUCGGAUGAUUCUAGUAACCAUACAACCAAUCUCACCGAGUUUCUCGCAAGUAUUCCUGGCGCCUCUCCCAGCCCAUCAUUGUUGAGUGAGGUAUCAUUCUUCCGGAAUCUUACACGAAGCGUUCACGUCAACCAAAUUGUGAUUAGCAUUUUUGAAGGCUAUAUCAUUACCUUUCUAGUUGUGGUGUCCUUUAUUUUGGUCUUUCUUAUUCGGGAAUGGGUGGUACAGCAACAGCCUGGAAUCAACAUAGGGGCCGGUUUCAAUGCCGAGUUUGCCGGUGCUGAGAGAGCCAGAGAACAGCAAGGUCAAGCCGAUGCUCGUCGAAACCCGAUUGAGGAGCGCCGAGCCGUAAGAGAUGAGGGCCAUCCAAAUCCUAUCCAGCAGCGGGAGCGAGUUAUUGCUCGGCCGAGGCGAAGAAAUGUUCAUUUUGGGGAUGCUGAGGAAGUUCCGCCGCACCAGAACCCCGCUGAAGAAGCAGUCAGAAAUGGCAUUUUACCCUUGGAAAAUGGGGCUUUUGCACCUCGUCCUUCACCACCACGUGAGGCCUUUUCCCCAGCUGUCGAAAUACAGCGGAGACUUACCGAGGAGCCAAGAAUGACGGAGGAGUUUCUAGCCAUAUGGCGUCGUGCAGACAGUGAUCCUAAAGAAGUACUGCGCAUCAUUGAGGACGAGAACAAGGCUAGUGAGAUGCGAUAUUGGGUCAAUGCCAUGAAGGUGUUACAGGAUCCUCUUGCACAUGAAGGAAACUCGAACUCGGGGACGCAUCUCACCGAUAGAGAUGUAGACCUCCCAGAAUUUGCUACACCUGGUCCUCGGCGAUACUCGCCUGUAGAAGCUUCCGUACCUGCCGAUAGUGAUACGAGCAGUGCAAGUACUGAAAGUUGGGUGGACAUACAGAAGGCAAUCAACAUACCCACACAAGAACCAACAAUCGAAGACUCACAGCCGCCCGAGGCGCUAGGCAUAAGGAAUGAUCUUGACUACUCCUCGGAGAAGGGAAAACAGAAGGCAAAUGAGACUUUAGAAUCCAGUUCUACCAUUCCUGAUACAGAUGUCAUCUCCACGCCGAGUUUGCCAAACUUAGAUCUGGAUUCCUCAGGACUUGAUUUAGAUCCCUUUGCGCCUAGACCACCCCGCCCAAGAGCUGUUUCUGAUGGCCCCCAAAGAAACGAAAGCAAGUCUCCGCUAGCGAAUAAUAAUUGGUCAUUUUCCAAUCUUCCUGAAGUCGAUAAAUCAGAGAGAUCCGAAGAUGAUUCAUCUGCCGACCUUGUACACAACGAGGAUCCUUCGUCUGGCAAAUCUUCCUCAACCGCAAAAGGGCCCACAGACAAUGCGGAUGACGUGACUCGCCCAUUAUUGGCGAAUGUAGUCGAGCCGGAUAGAAAUCCUGAUGAAAAUCGUGGUCAAGAUGAUUUCACUCGCAUAUAUGACAAUUUUGACGAGGCUCUUAACUCAGAUAGCUCUGAUAGCGAUCAAGAAAAUGAUCAUAUUAUAGACGAUCCUAUUCCCGGACCAGUUGCUGCUCAAGCAAACGACCCUCUUCCCCAAGCUCAUGAGCCUGUCGUACCACGACCUGCAGAACAUCGAGGUCUUUUGGGAAAUGUUGCGGAUUAUCUGUGGGGAGCCGCUGGUGAUGACAGACAAGAAGAACAAGGGGGAAACGAUGAGCAGAUCGUUCAAGAUCUGGCAGCUGAGGCGCCAUUUGUUCCCGUAGCUCAUCACGACCUUUUCAACCAAGCUGAUGCGGACCAAGAUAGAGAGGUAGUUGAAGCCGCAAUUGCCGCUGGAAUCGACCCCAACGACCAGGAUGCUAUCGAGGAUGCUGAAGACUUCGAAGGCAUAAUGGAACUUAUUGGCAUGCGUGGCCCGAUUUUCAGCUUGGUACAAAACGCGCUGUUUAGCGCGUUCCUUCUGGCUUUAGCUGUUGCUACUGGUGUCUGGAUCCCAUACAAUAUUGGUAGGACAUCAAUAUUACUUGUGGCAAACCCCGGUCCUGCCUUCAAACUGCCCUUGAGGCUUAUAUUUGGAUGUGCGGCUUUUCUACAGGAUCUUACUUUGUCCGUUCUUGGAUUUGUGUCGUACUGUUUGAUUUUAGCGGCCGGGAUACCGACAAGACUAUGGUCCUAUGCAUUUGCAACUUCAGCCACAGUUAAGGUCAUACAAGAAUCUCGACUUGCGCCAGCCGCCGCGAAGGUGUCAUACGAUGCUUUAUUCAGGAUACUAAAUGGCACCGUCAAUACCAUAAUCCACGUCACAGACUCCGAAAUGUUUGCAUUCUCUGCAGCCUCGCACGAGUCGCUCAUAAGCAUACAAACACUUAUCAUCGACACGGUCACUGGGAUUUGGGCUGCUGCCGCGUACUUGUUCACUGGAGACUGGAGAUUAUCAAUUGGUGGCACCUGUGAAUUUCUUCUCGAUUGGCUCACGUACACUUGGGAUAUACUGGCUUCCGUGCCCGUACUUUUCCUCAAGCCAGACUCUUGGGUGAUUAGUCUUGGUGUGGCAGAACGAACAACGCCGCUUGAUCUAGGGCUCAGUGUAUGGGAUGGAUGGGCCAGAUUUUGGGCCAUUUUCUCCGGCUACACGGCUCUAUGUGUUUUGGGUGCCCUCUAUGUUAGAAAAGGCUCGCCUUUCUCUACCAGCCAAGUGGGCCGAGAAUGGGAGGCCAGUCUACUCGAUUUACUCAACCAAGCUGGUGGUGUCAUGAAAGUAAUUCUCAUCAUCAGUAUCGAGAUGCUCGUUUUCCCGCUGUAUUGUGGGCUCCUUCUGGACGCUGCUCUGUUACCGCUCUUCGAGAAUGCAACGAUCAUGUCUCGAAUCAACUUCACCAUAGAGUCACCAUUCACUUCCAUGUUUGUCCAUUGGUUUGUGGGCACAUGCUACAUGUUCCACUUUGCUCUCUUUGUGUCAAUGUGUCGGAAGAUAAUGCGAAAGGGGGUUUUAUGUAAGUCUGAUAUCUGAUCCCUAAAUCUCCGCUAAUGAUACUAGAUUUUAUUCGCGAUCCUGAUGACCCAACAUUUCACCCCGUAAGAGACGUAUUGGAACGAAACGUGGCGACCCAGCUGCGAAAGAUCCUUUUCAGUGCAUUGGUUUAUGGUGCAUUGGUGGUCGUGUGUCUAGGUGGUGUUGUAUGGGGCUUGGCACUCGCUUUCAAGAGUGUAUUGCCAAUCCAUUGGUCGUCCAACGAGCCAGUACUAGAGUUUCCAAUCGACCUACUCUUCUACAAUUUUCUGAUGCCCCUGGCCGUUAAAUUCUUUAAACCAUCUGACGGGCUUCAUGCCAUGUAUACAUGGUGGUUCCGCCAAUGCGCACGAAUGCUACGACUCACAUGGUUCAUGUUUGACGAACGGAAGCCAGACGAAGAAGGUUAUCAUGUUCGGAAGACCUGGUCGGUUAUCUUCAGAGGAUUCAAAGGCGACCCUUCCAUUCCAGUUGAGACAAACGAUAAAGAUGCGCCAUUUGAAAACGACGCUGAGAUGAAAGCAUACUUUUGUCGCGAUGGACAGUACGUUCGAGCACCAGCUUCUGAUCAAGUCAGAAUCCCCAAAGGAGGACGAAUAUUCAUGCCUGUAGAUGAGAUGAACGAAAGACUGGAUGGUAAAUGGGAUCAGCCUGAUGGUGUGCAUGGUCGAACGAACGAGCUAUACAAACAGGUCUAUAUCCCGCCCUUCUUUCAGCUCCGUAUAUGCUUGUUUAUACUCUUCAUCUGGCUUUUUGCUGCCUUUACAGGCGUUGGUAUUACCAUCGUACCGCUCGUCUUUGGGCGCUAUGUUUUCGCUAAGAUGAUCCCGCCUCAUGUUCGCAAAAACGAUGUGUAUGCCUUCUCUAUUGGGAUUUACAUUCUAGGGUCUAUGUUAUAUGCCGUUCUUCAUGUUCGACAAUUUUUCUCCUGGCUACGGAAUGCUCUAGCUCUUGAUGCAGAAACCCCAUAUAACAUUCUACGUCGUGCUACAACGAUAACUAUUCGCUUUGCGCGUAUUACCUGGACAUACAGCGCUUUUCUGCUCGUCCUACCAACGCUCUGCACUUGUCUCGUCGAAUUCUAUUUCAUCCUUCCUCUUCAUACAUUUUUCUCGGCUGAUGAGAGACAUGUUGUACAUUUUGUACAGAGUUGGACUCUCGGCUUGCUAUACGUUAAGCUCACUACACGUGUGAUUCUCUGGUAUGAAGACUCACGAGCGGCACAAGCCCUUCGCGCCGUCACCCGGAAUGGAUAUCUGGACCCAGAUGCGAGACUGGCAACUCGCAGUUUUAUCCUGCCAAGUAUAUUCCUACUUUCAUGCGCCCUAGGGUGGCCUUGGUUGAUUGCGAAUAUCGCUACCAAAACCGUGAUGAGAGAUCAACCGCAGAAUCACAUCUUCGCUUAUCGAUAUGCAUAUCCCUUCUGCUUGGCUAUGCUGGUUGUCAACAUGGCACUGUGGCGAGUGUUUGGCAUGCUCAAGCAGUGGAGAAUGAUGAUCCGGGACGAGGUUUACCUUAUUGGAGAGCGGUUACAUAAUUUUGGGGAUAGGAGGGUUGUCAGUCCGAGUGUAUCUAGCAAAGUGGUACCACCGGUCCAAAGACUGGAUACUUGAUUUUCCAGUUGAGCGGAUGAUACGGAUACACUUUAUAAUCAGUAGAACUGGUGGUAGCGGUGCGUGACGAUUGGCAUGAAUGGAGCAAAAUAUUGGAAGAGGGAUCUGUAAGGGAAGGGAUACAUUGCACUGGCGUUUUUUCUUUUGUGUUUUCCCCUAUGGGAAAGGGGAUAACAGUGGUGAUUGAACUCUUUUUUUUUUAGCGCACUAAGCUUCUCUUUUUUGUGUGGUUUACUGAGAGAAAGAAAGAGAGGAAGCAAGAAAGAUAUCCUCUCCUUUGGGUGUGUUAGGAACUCUGGUGGUUACUUAGUUCUUUAUAAUAAUUAGUUUCUUUUAAUGAGGUUUCUCGUUUUGUUCGUUCGUCUUCUCUUCGCUUCUUGGAUCCCUGAGGGAUUAGCUGGGUGUACUAUGUAUGAUCUGAGCGGAACAUGGCUGUCCUUUUGGGCCUCUUGCGGUAUUGUAG